AUGUGUGGAAUAAUAUGUGAAAUAAGAUAUUCAGGAUGCAGCACAGUUGUCGAUGCUCAAAUAUUACAACGAAUAAAGAACCGGGGUCCAGAUUGCAUUCACAAAAUAGAGUUGAAUGUAGGUGAUGGCCUUCGACUUUUUUUUUGUGGUGCUGUACUAUGGAUGCAAGGAUCAAGCCCUUUUGAUCAGCCUGUUGAAAAUGAUAGUGGAGUUUUACUUUUCAACGGAGAUAUAUUUGAUGACACUUGGGAUAGAAAUUUAAGUGAUACAAAAUUAAUCAUGGAUAAACUUAGCAAACAGGUCAAAAAUUCUGAGGAACUAGUAAUAAAUCAUUUGAAGUCAUUUAAAGGUCCAUUUAGCUUAAUUUAUUAUGAUAAAGUGAACUAUGAUUUAUAUUUCACAAGGGACAGAAUUGGCAGAACAUCUUUAUUAUUUCAUCAAACAAGAAACGCAUUGGUAAUAAGCAGCGUAUUGGGAAGAAAAUACAGUUGUACAGAAGUACCAGCUACAAAUAUUCAUAAAUUAAAUUUAAAAACUAAAACAAUAAUACUUUAUCCCUGGACAAAUAAAGGAGAAAAAAGAGAAAGUUAUUUAGAUGAUUGGUUGAAAGAAAUUGAAAAUAAACAGAGUUUACCAGAUGAUCAAUACACAUUUGAAUUUAACUCAACCAUUGAUCUUACUGAUAAGGAUGAUUUUAUUAAAGCUAUUGAGUCAGCAGUAAUUGACAAUGGUUGUAAAUUGUCAAUAAUGAAAAAUAUAAUAAAAAUUCCUUUAAUAAAACAAGUUGUUCAAAAUGUCACGAAACUGUUGGAAAAUAGUGUUAAAAUCCGUCUGGAAACACAACCAAACAAAUGUAAAAAUUGUAUCAAAUUAAAAGUCACAAAGUGUAAGCACUGCACAGUGGGAAUUUUAUUUUCUGGCGGCUUAGAUUGUACAAUUCUGGCCUUAUUGGCGGAUAAAUAUGUGGACAAAGAGCAACCAAUAGAUUUAAUUAAUGUUGCAUUUAAUAUAAGUAACAAUUCCUCUUUUGAUGUACCUGACCGAAUAACGGGUAGACAGUCUUAUGAUGAACUUAAAAGUAUCUGUACCACAAGGCAGUGGGUGUUCAAAGAAGUAAAUGUACCAAAAGAAGAUUUGGAAAAUAUCCAAAAAUCAACCAUUGCAGAUCUAGUGUUUCCAAGAAAUACUAUUUUGGAUGAAAGCCUGGGAACAGCAUUAUGGUUUGCAGCUAGAGGACAAGACUCUGACUAUUCAUCUUGCAGGGUACUACUACUAGGAUCGGGGGCAGAUGAGUUAUUUGGAGGGUAUCUAAGGCACAGAAAAGCAUUACAAAGGCAAGGUUGGUUAGGAUUGGCCAAAGAACUACAGCUGGACUGGAAUAGAAUAUCGUUUAGAAACCUUGCGCGAGACAACAGAGUUAUAUGUGAUCAUGGUCGUCAGCCAAGAAUGCCAUAUUUGGAUGAAGAUUUCAUUGAUUUUGUUUUAAAUUUGAAACCAUGGUUAAGGUGUUAUCCUAGCGAAUCACUGGAUUGUGGAAUUGGAGAUAAACUAAUGUUAAGGCUUGUGGCUCUCAAUAUAGGAUUAAAGAAUGUGGUGACAUUUCCAAAAAGAGCUCUGCAAUUCGGGUCAAGAAUUGCAAAUAAAAAACAAAAGGGUGGAGAUUUAUCUCAAAACUUUUUAGACUGUUCAUUAAACAGUUCAUGA